AUGUUAAAAAUAUUAUCAUCAAUUAUUUUAAUAUUUCUAAAUAUUCAACAAUAUCAAACAAUUGUUUCAAAAAUCUUACCAUCAGUAUCUAUAUUUGAAGAAAGUCCAUUAUCAUCGACUAUUAUCGAUCUUCAAUCAUAUUUGAAUACAAUUGAUUUUCAAUCUGGAUAUUAUUCAACAUCAUCCAUAAUUCUUUUACAAAGUCAAACGAGUGCACCAUUUGAAUAUAUUAAUGGAACAAUACGUUUAAAAUCACGUUUAGAUCGUGAAGAAUAUUGUAAAAAACGUUUGUGUAAUUGUCAUUCAAAAAAUAAUAAUAAUAAUAAUGGUCAAUGUAAUUUUACAAUUACUCUAACAGUUAAUAUUGAUACACCACCAUACAAUUAUAUUCUUUCAUUACCAAUAAUAUGUAUUGAUUUAAAUGAUAAUGCACCAAAAUUUUCACAAUUAGAAUCAACAAUAAUAAUAGCUGAAAAUGCACCACGUGGUCAUCGUGUACCAUUAGAAACAGCAACAGAUAAUGAUUCAUUAGAAUAUGGUAUUGUUGAAUAUCGUCUACUUUGGUUAAAUAAUACAACAAUAAAAGAAUUUUCAAUUAAUUAUGAUAAUAUAACGAGAGAAUUAGAAUUAGUUGUGAGAGAAAAAUUAGAUCGUGAAAAUAUUUCACAAUAUGUAUUAAAAUUAAUUGCUAUUGAUCGUGGAAAACCAUCGAAUUUUGGUACACAAAUAUUGACAAUUAUAAUUAGUGAUGUAAAUGAUUGUCGACCAAAAUUUGAAUUUGAUGUUUAUAAUAUUAGUGUAUCAGAAAAUUCUAUUCCAGAAAAUUUAAUUCAUGUUAAAGCAUUUGAUCUUGAUAGUGGAAUAAAUUCUGAAUUAGAUUAUCAUUUAGAUAAUAAUUAUAAUAAUUUAUUUGAUAUUGAUAAAUUAAAUGGUAUUAUUAUAUUAAAACAUUCUCUUGAUUAUGAAAUUCGUCAAUAUUAUUUAUUAAAAGUCAUAGCAACAGAUCAUGGUGUUAAUCAUUUAACUGGUGUAUGUAUGGUGCAUGUAUUUGUCAUUGAUCAAAAUGAUAAUGCACCUGAAAUAGAUAUUCAUUUUACUAAAAAUAUAUUACAUAAUACGGAUAGUAACAUGGCCUAUAUAUCAGAAUCAUAUGAUAUUCUAUUACCAUUUGCUUAUAUUAAUGUAAGAGAUAAAGAUUCUGAAGUAAAUGGAAAGGCUCAAUUAUUUGUUGAACCAGAUCAAUUUUUUUUAAAAAUAAUAAAAGAUAAUUAUUAUGAAUUAAAAUCAAAACUUUCAUUUGAUCGUGAAAUGAAAAAUUCAUAUCAAAUUGAAUUAAAUGCUCGUGAUUAUGGUACACCAUCACUUCGUCGAUCAAUGACAUUUUAUUUAAAUAUAACAGAUAUUAAUGAUUAUCGACCACUAUUUCAUUUAUCAAAUUAUUCAUUUGAAAUAUAUGAAAAUAAUCGAUUACCAACAAUAAUUGGACAAGUUUAUGCAUCAGAUUUAGAUAAUGAUAUAAAUGGUCAAAUAUCCUAUAAUAUUAUUUCAAAAGAUAAAAAUAUAAAUAAUAUAUUUUCUAUAUCAUCUAUUGAUGGUAUUAUUACAACAAAUUAUAGUUUUAAUUAUGAAGAACAAAAACAGUAUAUAUUUCAAGUAAGAGCAAUAGAUCAUGGUAUACCAUCAAUGGAAUCUUUAACAAAUAUUUAUGUAAAUAUUUUAAAUAUAAAUGAACAUAUACCAAAAUUUACACAAAAUAUAUAUCAUUUUUCAAUUGAUGAAAAUUCAACAAAUAAUGUGACUUAUAUUGGACAAGUUGAAGCACAUGAUUUAGAUCAUAGUGAUCGUAUAACAUAUUCAUUUGCAGACGAUAAUAAUAAUCUAUAUUAUCAUUUAUUUUCAAUAAAUCAAUCAACCGGUAUUAUAUGGACAAAUACAAUAUUAGAUAGAGAAAAAUAUUCACAAUAUGAAUUAACCGUAUUAGCAAUAGAUAAUGCAAAAAAUAUACCAGCAACCGGUACAAGUCUCGUUCAAAUUAUGAUCAAUGACUUAAAUGAUAAUUAUCCUAUUUUUGUAUGGCCUGAUGUUGAUGAACUUAAACAUAUAUUAUUUAAUGAAAAUAUUCAACAAUCAAAUAUUCAUUAUGAUCUAUCAGAAUUUUAUACAAGUCAAUUUAUUACUGAUAUUAUUGUACACGAUGCUGAUAUUGGUAAUAAUGCUAAAAUUGAUUUAAUAUUAAAUCGACGAGAAGAUCAACAAUUAUUCUAUAUUGGAGAUAAUAAUUCACUUUGGUUAAAAAAUAUGUCAAUAAUACCUGGUACAUAUGAAAUUGAAUUAAUUGCUCGUGAUCAUGGUCAACCAUCAUUAGAAACAAAAAAAUUAUUACGUUUAAAUAUAUUUACUCGUGAUUCAUCUUUUUAUAGUUUUGGUAAACAAUUAUCUCAUGUAUCAUUAUUAAUGAUUAUUAUUCUAUCAUUGAUUGCAACAUGUUCAACAUGUACUGUACUCAUAUGUAUUGCAUGGAAACGUUUUCGUUAUUCACAAAAUGUUAAAUCAUUAUAUGGAAGUCAUUUAAUUGUUAAUGAUGAAGAAAAAAAAUCAAGAGGACAACGUUGUUGUGGAAAUAAUAGUGGUGAAAGUAGACCAAAUUCAACAUUAAUUGAUACAUCAAAUGAUUAUGCCAUUAUAGUAAAACGAAAAGAUAAUAAUCAUGGUAAUAGUCUAUCAUCAGGUGAAUAUUCAACAUCAUUAUGUCCACCUAUUUUCAAUGGUUCAACAUCAUCAUCUGAAAUAAUGGAACAUCAUAAUUUAUCGAAACAAAAAUAUUUAAAACAAUAUCAAUCAAAUACCGUUUCAGCAUUAACAACAUUAACUAGAAAAUCAUCAAAACGAAAAAAUGUUAGCUUUGAUAACACUGAUGUUCUUGAUGAUUUAUUUUUAAAUCGACAAUUAUUAUCAAAUGGUGAUAAUUCGUAUCCUUCAACAAAUAUUUCAGCAUUUAGUACAUUACCAAAAAAAAAUUCUAGUUUUAAUCAACCAAUUCUACCAGAAUUAUCUAAAAAGUCAGAUUUUUCAACAUUACAAUCAUUAUUAGAUAAUACAAAUAAAGUUUCAACAAUAUCAUUUAUAGAUCGAACAAAAAAACCUAAAGUACCACCAUUAUUAGAUGGUAUUUCAUAUUUGGAUUCUAUGUUGAACGAUUCGAAAUAUCAUUCAAAUUAUCAGAAUAGAACUGAUAUACAAGAUAAUGAAUGUUCAGGAUGGUAUAAAGUAACAGAUUCAUACACUACUCGAGCAUCAAUUGUAUAG